AGUCUGGUUUUGCAACAAAAAUAAUUGAUGGGUAAUUCAUGUCAUGUCCUGUUUACAACAGUUUUUAUUAUUCCUUUUACAAACAAUGAAUUUUUCUAAAAAACUUUAUGUUAUUUAAAGAUUAUCAUUUUACUUAUUUAUUUUUUUAAGUAUUAUUAUUAUUGUUAUUAUUAUUAUUUAAGUUCAUUGUACACGUGUCCCUUUUUCCUACGAUGCCCUUUAUUUAAACUGUGCCCUUCCUCGCUGUCACUUUCCCUUCUGCGCACGCGCAGUGACUCGAAAAUGUCAAAUUAGGUUAGAUCAAAUAUUUGGAGAAGUACUGGUGUGAGUUGUGUUGAAAAAAGCAAACAAUAAAGACGUAGAGAACAAGGCUCUUGAACAAUAUGUCAAGUUGACGCCAAUUUUUACAUAGAAAUGUUGUCAUUGUGCAGUGACGUUGUAUAAAUUAACCAGUUAAUUAUUGCAAAAUGCCUUUCGAGGAUUUUCACAACGGUAGUUAUUACGAGCCACCUUCAUCAGCUACAUGCAUCACUGUACCCAGGCACAAUGUGACUAUCAUACCUGACGUUUAUGCUGGCAUUCCAGCGAAUCUGCUACUGAAUUUGAUAGGUUUUUUGAGUUUAGUCAUACUCUUUGGAUUACUCAGAAAGAAAGCAUGGAAUUAUGGGAGACUCGCCCUUCUCCAUAAAAGUGAUAACAGAUGGAUGGAAUUGUUUUAUGGAGAUAAUGAUGGCAUUGAGGCUGAUGUGACGGCGGUAGAGGCGUCCAUUAAUACACAAUUAUCACAGAUUGACAGGGGGUUCUUUUCGUGGAUUGUCACGGCAUUUAGAGUCACUGACAAGGAGCUAUGCCGUCGUGCAGGACCCGAUGGCCUCCUGUACAUCUCCUUCCAGCGUCACAUGAUAAUUCUCACAGCCAUGAUGACAGUCGUUUCUCUAUGCGUGGCAUUGCCAAUAAACUACUCAGGCACAAUGCGCGAUUCCAACGAGACGUUCAGUCACACGACUCUCUCGAAUCUCGAGCCCACGUCCUCCUGGAUCUGGAUUCAUACGAUAAUCGUCCUGGCGUACCUUCCUAUCGGCAGUUACGUGAUGCGACGCUUCAUAAAACAGGUGCGAAAUGCUCGUCCCUCGGGGGAAUUGGCAGCUAGAACUCUCCUCAUCAGCGGAAUACCCAAGCACCAGUGCAACGUGGAGGGCCUUGCACGGUACUUCCAGGAGGCAUUCCCAACCCUGACUGUGGAGAAUGUCACAUUGGCGCAUGACAUUCGCCGGCUGUUGGCUUUGAAUGCCGAAAGAGACUGUGCGGAGCAGGCGAGACUCUACUGCGAGAGUUACAACAAGAAGAAGGAACCUCUGAAGCUCUAUCCCUAUCCGUGUGGCCAGGUAAUCGGUUGCUGCUGCAAAACCGUCGAUGCUCUAGAGUUCUACACAACCGAAGAAAUUCGUUUGACAGCUCUAGUCGAAGAAGAGCGUAAAGUGGCCCUCUCUCAGCCCCUCGGGGUGGCUUUUGUAACCCUGGGGACCCCAGGAGCUGCGAGGACAAUGCGCAGAUCCCUACGUUCAGCCUCUACAAUCAAGUGGAUUGUAGAUUACGCCCCUGCCCCGUCCGACAUCUUCUGGGAGAAUCUCUGCAUCCCCAGACCCUGCUGGUAUCUCAACGCAGUUCUCAUCAAUCUCGCCUUGGGGAUAACCUUGUUCUUCCUAACAACGCCUGUCUACAUUGUCUCAAUUCUCAACAAAAUUCCAAUCUUCCCAAAGCUCAUGAGUCUCAGUCCAGUUUUGUCCUCCUUCCUUCCCACUGUUUUGCUAGUCAGCAUUGCUGCCCUCAUGCCAGCCCUCGUUGGGCGGUGCGAGACUAUGGUCAGACACUGGACAAGGAGUGGAUUGAACAGGGCUGUCCUCAGGAAGACUCUCAUGCUCCUACUCCUGAUGGUGUUGAUUUUACCCAGUCUUGGGCUGACGAGUGCCGAGGCAAUUGUUGAUUUCAAGGCUGGUUUGUGGAAUCAAACCAAUCGAUGGGAAUGUGUCUUCCUAGCUGAUCAGGGGGCAUUCUUCGUCAAUUAUGUCAUCACAGCUUCACUACUGGGAUGCGCCUUGGAGCUUGUUCGUUUCUCCGAACUAGCUUUGUACACUUUCAGAUUGUGCAUCGCUAGGAGUCGAGCUGAAAGGGUUCACGUCAGGAAGGCAGUCCUCUGGGAAUUUCCUCUGGGGGCUCACUACGCCUGGGUACUUCUUGUGUUCUCAAUGACGACAGUCUACAGUGUCAGUUGUCCCCUUAUUACACCUUUUGGACUUGUUUACAUGCUGGUAAAGCACGUGGUGGAUCGACACAAUUUGUGCUUUGCCUAUGGACCCAGUGUGGGAGGCGGACAACUGGCCAGUGCUGCCGCUGGAGCUGCAGGAGCUGCUCCCAUACUUGCCCAGACAACUUUGCUGGCGCUGGGGUUGGUCAGGAGGGGACUCUCUCCACUGGCUGCUCUCCAGCUGAGUGGCCUCGCUGCGAGUAUCCUGGGACUCGUCACUGGCGUCACUCUGCCAGCUUCCAAACCCAAGGUUCAACCUCCUAAGAGAGAUAUGUCCACUGGACAGAACUUUGUGGCUCCAGUAUUGAGGAAGAAAUUCGGGAAUUGCAUAGGGGAAGAGACCAUCUCUCCUUCCAACUCGGAACUGACUAUGUCCACGGAUAGGAGUCCUGGUAGCCCGGAAAACCCGAGGUUGUAUCAGAAUUAUGGAAGAGAUAACUGCUGAGGGGUGAUUUUUUUUGAGGAUCAUUCGUCUAAUGAUGGAGUUUGUUUAAAGUUCCGUUAGAGUAUUUCACGUACGAAAAUUUAAUUUCAAUAGAAAAUUCUGUUGAACUUUUUAGUAGUAAAAUAUUUAAUAAAAAAGUUGUGUUGGAAAAAUCAACAGACUUUAAGAUUUUUAUUUAAUCAUUCGUUAAAAUAUUCUCAAUAAAAAUUCAUCGACUCAAGUUUCUAGGUUUUCUCGUUCGGUUGUUCAAAGAACUGGAUAUUUAUGACGAAGGAUCCCUAUAAAAAAUAUCUCAAUAGUCAAAGUUGCUUGAAACAAUGCAAUUUCAUCAAAUUUCCCGGUACAAACGGGAAAAAUUCAUUAGAACUUUUUACGCAUUUUUAAUGAGGUUUUGAUUGUAAAAUUAAAAAAAAUUGAAUGGAUAGAAGAAAUAUUUUUUCAUAAAAAUAAGUAUUAUGACAUCACAAGAAAUUUUUUUGUAUUCGUCUCAAUGUAAAUAUUUAUUUUAAUGACCAUUUUAAAGUGACACUUCAGUGCUUGAAGAAUAACAAAACUAAUGAUAUUAUCUCUCUCUGGAUUCAUUCAGCAAGGUUGUUCAAGCGAUAUUUAUGGAUAUUUGUUUAUUUGAAGAGAAAAAGUUGAUAAUUCUUCAUUUCUCCUCUCUAAACAAUGUAGUCCACCAAAUUAAUAAUUGAGAAUAAUAUUAAAUGAACGAAGUAAAAAUUUCGUUGGACGAAUAGAAGUUGUAAAAAAUCGUCAGUCCCAUUAUAAAGUUAAUAUCAACCUGAAAAAUCCCUCGUGACUUCCGAAAAUGAACAUAAGAAUUCAAAGAACUUUGAGAUCUGUAAGACGGCUGUAAUAUAUAUUAUAUAUAUUUAUGUAAACUGUGGAGUACUCAAAUUUACCACAAUCCCUAAUGCUACAUACUAAUGAAGUUGAUUGUGUCUGUUCAUUUUUUGUUUAUUAGUAUUAAAAUGCUCUAUUCUCGUACAAACUGUAUUACCCAAUUUUUCGAAAAAUUUUAUUGUAAUUCUAUGACCGCAGAAUUCUCGUGAUUCAUGCAUUAAUUUCUUAAUUAUUUAUUAAUGUAGCUUAUGUACUAUUAAUUAGAUUUUUAAGUAUACCCGUGUACAUAAUAUUAUACAAUAAACCACGCACUCAAAA